UAGUACAAACUAUAUACUUUCCGCUUUCAAAACAAAUUAAAUUGUUGAAAUAGCAAAUGGCGUGUAGCGCACAGGUUCCUUUGUGUUGUCAGUUUUGUGAAAACAUUAAUGAAAUUAAAUGGAAAUGCUUUGAUUGCUCAUUGUUACUUUGUGAUAAGUGUAAAAUCAAGCUGCAUUCAAAAGUGUCGUUUCAGAAAGAACACAAUAUCGUAGACAUACGGAAUGUAAGUCAAAUAAAAGUUUCUUCAAACGAGAAUUUGGACAGAUAUCUGACAUUAUCAUGUCAUCUGCAUUCGUCCAAAUCCUGCUGUCUGUUUUGUAAAACAUGUGACAAUCUUAUAUGUCCAGUGUGUCUUCUUCAAAAUCACAAAGAUCACGAGUUGGAACAAAUUCACGAGGCUUUCCAAAGGAAAAGGACUACAUUGGAAAACAUUGUAGAUAACAUCGAUAAAGAAUGCCUUGGGAUUGUACAGAAAGAACAACAAACCUUCGAUGAACUCUGGUCUAAACAUCAGCAUCAACAACAAAAGACAAAAGAAAGCAUUCAAGAACAAACGGAAACCUUAACAAGUCAAAUAUCAUCUUACAGUUCGAAACUAUUAGAACAACACCACAGCUUCAACCAUGGAUUGAACGGCAUGUUCGAGUCAAAGAAAAAAGUCUUAGAUCAACAUGAGCAGGAUUUACUAGACAAAAGAAAUAAGAUUGAAACAAUUCUAAAUUCAACAAAUUUAGCAGAAGUAUUUGAACAUUCAAAGGGUUUAUCUAAACCACCGGAAAUCACAAAACCAGACUUAUCAAAUGCCAUGUUGGGCUUUCUUGAAGGACAAGCUUUAGAUGAGAAUCAUCUGCAACGGAUUUUUGGGUCUUUAGUAGAAAUCCGUCCAUUCAAAACUUACACAACAGACUUGCCAGACGUAGGAGUAAUCGCAUGGCAUGGUGAUUACUUAUGGGUUGCCAAUAAGGAAAGGAAAACUCUUCAGAAAAUUAAGCCUGGACUUGUUCUGGAAAUUGAAUCGUGUAUGAAUGACAUAGAAAUUAGUGAUUUUUCUGUUACAAAAUCUGGAGAAUUGAUACUUAAACUUUCGAAAUCGAACAAACUGAAAAUUUUAUCACAAAAUGGGAAACAAAAAAUACUUCGAGAUUUUUCCUCAAUGAAACCAACGGCUGUCUAUGUUUCUGGAGUUGGUGACGUCAUUGUUGGUGUUAAAGAAAAUGGACCAAAUUUUGUUCUUUCUGGAAAUAGCAGACGACAACUUGUUACCCUGACACCUAGUGGUAAGAAUAAGACUACAUUUGAAUAUGAUCAAAAUGAUAAAAGGUUGUUCACCUACGUGUGGAAUAUUACGUCCACUAUGUCAGGAGACAUAUGCGUCAUUGAUCGGCUUUCUGACGAAUUUGAUGGAAGGCUAGUUAUGGUUGACCCCAACGGUCAGCCAAAAUGGGUUUAUCAUGGACAAUCGAAAGACAGAUAUAUAAUUGAUGCAUUCAAGCCCCGUAACAUAAUUGCAGUAGAAGAUGGGAAUAUAAUAGUAACGGAGAGACUAAAUCAUUUGCUUUAUGUUUUUUCAUCAUCCGGGCGUCUUCUUGUUCGAAUGGUGACAUCAGGAAUUGAUAUUUACCUUCCACAGUCACUCUGUGUUGACACUCUUGGAAAUCUCUGGAUCGGCUGUGGUACUUACAGAGGAGAACGUAAUCAUGCAAAAAUCCAUCGGACCCAACUUUGUCUCUUGAAAUAAUAUUUUACAUUUAAAUGUGUAUAACUGUGUAAGGCGAUCUGUAAAAUUACUGUUAUAUUUUAUUAUCAAAUUUAUGACAGAAAAAAUUUCUACAGAUA